GAGUGCCAUGUUUUCUUUUUUAAUAUUAUCAGUCCGGCAAACGGGAUUGGGUUGCCAAAGAGUGAGGCUCUGGACCUUUCGCUAUUGGAGUUUCCAGUGGCGGUGCAUUUUGGACGCUUCUGUCGACCUUCCUAAUCCCAUUUCUUGACAAACCAUCCAUUUUACGGCGAUUUUCGAACGAUUGGUUAAAUCAACUGAUCACCGGUUUCCGGUUAGAUACAGUAUUGAUUCUUUUGGGGAGCUUCUUUUUUCUUUUUGUUCUUUUUCCCUCUAGUCACCGUGGUCCGUGAUGGUGACCAAUGACUAUAUCGCCACGAGCAGCAACGGGUACUGCAAGAUGGAGGACGAGUACGUUAGGAGGCACCACCGGCACGAGAUCAAAGAGCACCAGUGUAGCAAGUCCCUUGUCAAGCACAUCAAAGCCCCAGUUCCUCUAGUUUGGUCUUUGGUGAGGCGAUUCGAUCAGCCGCAGAAGUACAAGCCGUUUAUUAGCAGGUGCAUUGUGCAGGGUGACCUUCAGAUUGGGAGCGUUAGAGAGGUGAAUGUUAAGUCGGGAUUGCCAGCCACGACUAGCACCGAAAGAUUGGAGCUUUUAGAUGAUGAGGAGCAUAUCUUUAGCAUGAGGAUCGUUGGAGGAGAUCACAGACUGAAGAAUUACUCUUCCGUCAUUACCGUCCAUCCAGAGAUAAUUGAUGGGAGGCCAGGGACAUUAGUGAUUGAAUCAUUUGUGGUAGAUGUUCCGGAUGGGAAUACCAGGGAUGAAACUUGCUACUUUGUGGAGGCCCUUAUCAAGUGCAACCUCAAGUCUCUGGCUGAUGUCUCGGAGCGAUUAGCUGUGCAAGACCGGACAGAACCAAUUGAUAGAAUCUAAGGAGAGGGUUAUAAAUGUCAUGAGCGAACAAUGUGAGGUGUUGGAUGUCUGAAGCCGAGUAGAGAGUUUGGUAUUCUUGCGUUUUCUUCUUUCCACUGUAAAAUAAUCUCGGGAUAUCUCAUGUCUAUAUUAGCUAUUAAUCAAGCUCAUCAUAGCCAUCCAAUUACCCGAAAGAACGCAAAAAAAAAAUAUCGGAUUUCUUAUGUUGUCACUUCUUUUUCUUGGUAAACCCUUCUAUGGCUUUUCUUGGUUGACAAUAACGGUGCCAUGUAUCGAACUUGGGAUGUAAAUAUUUAUGUUUGACAGGAAGGUGAUGUUCAUGUUCUUUGCUUUGCA